GAGCCCGCGUUGGAGCCACUCUGGUGACCUUCGUACAAAGUACUACCUACCUUAUUGUCCUGCUUGCCCUGCUAUGUUAGCACGAAGCUGCCGCGGACAACCUGUCCUCGUACCUUGAUGUCGACGACUCGUACCUACCGGUGCCACUUCGUACCUUACCUUUAGCAGGCCCGCGACGCAGGCAAAUCAGGAUCCCGCCUCAGCUCUACGCCCCAGCUGUCGUGGGCCGAUGAGCUUGUUCUCCCCGAUUUUGGGUUCCGCCAUUUUCCACUGCCGCCUUCCACCCGCACUGCCUCGUCGUCCUCCUCCCUCCUCCCCUUCAUCUCCCGUCACAAUUUAGCUCUCCUUUUGCGCCGCGCACACGACCAACCCCCCGGACCAGCUGUCGCCUGCCUCAAUCUCCUCCCUGCAGCUGUGCAGCUUGCCUCAAGCCGCCUCGAUUGACCCCGUGUGCCGCUGCCGACGACGGCUGCUUCGUCUUCGGAGCAGCACCUUGCGACCCCGGUUCAAGCGUCACCUUCAUUUUCCCUCCACAUCGCAACGCGCCGCAAUCCCGCCUGCCACCACCAUGCCAUCGCCCUCACCAGCCGGCAAGCGGAAGCGAAAUGCCGCCGCCGCCGACGACGACGACUUGCUCAACGACGGCCAACAGGCCUCGUCCCGCGAUGCCUCGGGCGAGGAGGGUGACACCACGGCCCCCGAGUCCGGACGCCACACCCGCCGCGGCGAGAACGGCAACGGCCCGCAUCCUAAGCGACAGCGAGCUAACUCCGACCGCAACGGCCAUGAAGACGCCGCCAUCGAUCCCGGCGAGCCGAGUGACACGACCGAGGCCAGCGUCGACAUCGCUGAGCGCGUCGGCCGCCGGGGACGGAAAGCCUCCGUUGGCGAGGAGGCCAUGGCCCCACCGCCCAUCGGACAGAUCACACAUCCCGCUGGAGGCUUCAAGACGAAUCCGCCGCCUGUCGGCCGCGCCGUCAGGGUCUACGCAGAUGGUGUCUUCGACCUCUUUCAUCUUGGGCACAUGCGACAACUCGAGCAGGCCAAGAAGGCCUUCCCUAACACGACCCUCGUCGUCGGAGUCACGGGCGAUCACGAAACUCAUAAGCGCAAGGGAUUGACGGUCAUGUCUGCCAAGGAACGCGCCGAGUCGGUUCGACACUGCAAGUGGGUGGACGAGGUCAUCGAGGACUGCCCGUGGAUCGUCACCAAGGAGUUCCUCGACGCCAACCGGCUCGACUACGUUGCCCACGAUGACCUACCCUACGGGGCCGACGAGGGCGACGACAUCUAUCAACCGAUCAAGGCGGCGGGCAAAUUCCUUGUCACCCAGCGAACAGAGGGUGUCAGCACAACGGGCAUCAUCACGAGAGUUGUCCGUGACUACGAAAAGUACAUUACUCGGCAAUUCAAGCGUGGCACCUCGCGGCAGGAGCUCAACGUCAGCUGGCUCAAGAAGAAUGAAAUUGAUCUGAAGCGCCACGUCCAGGACCUGCGCGAUAACAUCAUCACUAACUGGACGACCACCGGUCAGGAGUUGAGCCGCGAGCUCAAGCAGUUCUGGCCCACCAGCCGCCCGCAGAGCCCCGCGCGCUUCAACUCCAACGGCAGUGACAGCGCUCGGUCGCCCACCACGCCCGGCCCGGGCAACUCCAAGGAGUUUGUGACUGGUUACGCACUGGGUCUUGUGGGUGGCGUGCGCUCAUGGGUAAGCACAUCAUCCGCACGUUCCUGAUGCGAAUUGCACGGGCUCUUUGAGUACUUACGUUCCUAUGAUAGAUGACCAAGAACCGGAGGACCGUCAACAGUAGCCGGCCGCCCAGCGACGAUGAGGAAUCGGAUGAGAGCAAUGGUGAUGGCCGACGGAAAUCAAUGCCUAACCUCGUGUCGCCGACGGCAGCUAGGGGUUAAAUGUUAUAGCUUGGAUUGCAGAGGCUUCUUUGCGGUUUGUACGCGGCGAGGGCUGCGGUCCGGGUUUCGGCAGCGAUUGAAAACGGAGAGUCCACGGGCGGGCAGUCUGAUUCGGCAUCUGAAAGUGAAUCAAAGUGUCUGGACUGAUACUAGAGGGCACAGGCAAACACGGCGUUGCGGUUUGCGCAAUAAUGUACUUCGUAUGGAUACUUGAAAACUUUGGCACCUGG